AUAUUUCCCUCAACUUCACUCUUUACCAUAAUGUUUUCUCAGGUACCGGAGCAAUGCAUUGCUGGUUCCUCACUGGAAAAUAUAGGUUUUGAAGUUGUAGACUCCAAUGGGGAUGUUGAUAAAACAUUUCAUGAUGAUGAAAAGUGUGGCCAAUUCCAUACGCUCGUAGUUAAGUCAGAAUCAUUUGAAGUAGAUGAUUCUAUACGCUACGUGUUCAAGCAUGGCCGCUGCAACAUCACUUCUUUUCCCCUUCCUCAAAUUGAAGGGCCCCUUUGCUUCAAAGCUUUUCAUUCUCGUUACUCUCAGCUAUAUUGCGAUGUUAAGAUUUGUCUUGUACAUGCUCCGAUAGUCAAUAACAGCGAGGUUGAGGUCCACACUUCAGAUGGAAAGAUUUCUCCUCAUGCUCCAAAAGUCGAGAACAGUGAGGUCGAGUCGCACACUUCCGGUGGAAAGGUCUUAUUCCUGCAGAACUCACCAUUUGUCAAUAAUGACAAUGUAGGAAACCUACUGUCCAUAGUGAAAUAUGACAAAGUAAGGGAACCUGUUCUAAUUGUGUGUAUUCACUCAAUGAAACUGUAG